AGACGCGCGCUCAGAGUGAGUCUUGAUUAGAGAAAUACUGCAAUUGUCUUACUAUCAGUCGAGGACAAAACACUGUCUGCCUCGUUGCCUGCCUCGACCCUGGUAAAGUCCUGUAAUUCCUUUGUUAGCCAUUUCAACUCUGCUUUGAUACCCAAAUCUGGCGGACGACAAAUCUCGUGAUGGGCCUUUAUCCACUGUGGCGCUAUAAUGGCCCAUUGUCUGUCCAAUCCUCGACGAUGGUCAAAGCUGCCUUUGCACCUUUAUUAAACCCAAGCGGAAAAUCAAACUCACAAAUCCCCAUACUUAUCUCUCUCUACGAAACUUCUUCCACUAAAUCAUCAACCCCAAGCCACCCUCCGUAGCAUGGACUCUUACUCUCCUAAUCUCCCCAUUCACCAUCUUGCAGCUGCUGGACCAGCCAUUCGUCGUCCUACUCUACCUCGUAUGCUUCCGGCACUUCAUGCAGACUCGUCCGCGUCGCUCUUGACGUGUAUUUCCGCUGUCCCUCGAGCAGACAAAACACUACCUUCGCGUCCAGUCUCCAACCUGCGCGACUACAUGCCUCCCUCUGCAUCACGUUCAUCCUGGAGUGGGAUGCCAUUUGCACAAUUCGAACGUCGGCUCCUAUAUCUCGAUCAACCGGGAGACCAACCCGACGUCAGCGAGCUCCAAGCUUUCCUCACCUCCCGUAUCGAAGAGAUGAAUCGGCGGCGGCAGAUGCUUAGCCUACCGGUCUGGAAAGUGCCAAUGAACGAUCUGUCUCUGAUGCGCCAUGUCUGUAAACUUUGGUGGGGAGAGGACGUGAAAAUCCCAGAAGUGAAGAAGACGGGUAUCGGACGAGAGGUUAAAUACGAAAUUGAUUACGAGUCGAUGGCGACUGCACGGGAAAUGGAGGAGAUUCUGUUGGAUAAGCCCUUGAUUGAGAUCAGUACGAAGGAUGAGCAAGAGGAGGCCAGGAAGGUUGAGGAGAGGCGUGCGGCGGAGUCGAAGGCUUUGAUGAAGUUCUAUAGCAAACGUUAUGGUCCUUAUGGCGUUGAGAAACCUGUGAAGAUUUCACGCAAGGAUAGGAAUGAGCCCUCGGUAUUUGUGGAAUUUUGGGGCCAUCUGGGCGAUGUGUUUGGUCUUUCCACCCGCGUGAAACGACGGAAAUCUAGUCGUAGUGGUGGCGCCUCCAGGCGGCGCACUCGUCUUGGGACCAGGGUAUUUCAACGUCGGCGUCAAAAUCCUAUGUACUAACGAUUCUUGAUCGCUCGACUUUGUAGCGCGCCGGAUUCCACCCAUACCCUUCCAAUGUUGUCCUCAUUGUUGUAUAUGUAAACUAUUUUUCAUUUGACUUAUCGCCUUGUUGUUGUCUUUCGCUACCAUAUCAGACGCCUGACUUUUCAACAUCUGAAUGGAUGCAUCUAUAGUGAGGUCAUUGCGUCAGGAAACACUAUCAAGCCCCCGUCGUAACUUCUCGUGAUUCAGUCCAUUCUUCUUUCCGGAGUCAAGAUCGACCAAAGUUAUCAUUAACACACUUCGUUCAAAUAGUAUUGAUAAACUCCAGAACAGAAUGAACUUCAGGGCAAAACAAGAAGAUCAGACUGCUGUCGGGGAGAAAAACAAGGCUAUCUAUCUGUCAAGGAAAUGAAGGGGGAGGGGAGGGGGGGGUGUCGAGAUAUUGUUGCUGAGGAUAGGGAGAUUCCCGGUGCAGCAGCAGUCACAUUAC